CGCGCGCGCGUGUGUCUCCCACCGCGCGCUACGUCCCUAUAGCCGGGCAUCACGUCACGUGUCAGGGCUCCCGGGUCCUGGGCCAAGUUUUUUCCGUGUCAGAUCAUCCACGGAGCUUCAAAGCAAGGCGACCCACACGGUCCGAACCCUCCUGCGCGCAUCUCCGCUCCACGCUGCGUAACCACCACCUCAGCGAGGAUGGACGGAUGGAUGGAUGCAUGGAUGUGGAUAGAGGUUCCCGUUUAACCGAACGCGCAAAUGAAGACCACUUCAAGUGAUUCUUUGGUUACUUCCAGUGAUUUUUAUUUUUUUUAAAACGGCUUUCGGAUUACCUUUUGAUCUGUGAAAAACAAUAGAAGUGAGGAGGGGUUUUUUUUGUUGUUGUUGGGGGAGACAGAAGAGAGGAAAGAAAGGAAGGAAAGCUCCGGGUUGCUGAGAAAGGCUGGGUGCGCUAGAAACACGGAAAGUCACGGAUCAUGCUUAUGGGAACUUCCGAUUCCGUCUCGAUAAGAGUGGCUCUGCCUGAUGCUCUAUCAUGACUGAUGGCGAGGGGAGAGCGCGCUUUCAGUACGCAGAGUGCCCGGAGGGGCAGGAGCAGGAGGAGGUGCAGGAGCAGGUGAGGCUCGCUAUACCGACGCCCUACAGGAAGGACGACCCGGGUCAGGAUGUUGACCCUGGAGGAAGCCAUGACGAGGAGGAAGAGGAGGAGGAGGUGGAGAGGAAGAGGAGGGGCAGUAGUGGAGGAGAAUGGAGUGCUGAGGUUCAGGAGCAUGAAGACCAGGAACCGGAGCUGGAAGUGGAAGUUGGACCAACAUUGGGAGUUCGUAUCAGGGCUCCUAUUCGUGAUCCAGACUGUGUCUCUGAGGAGGAGGAGCAGCAGCCCUACCCGGCCCUGGCCCCCGUGGCCUUCUUCUGCUUAAAGCAAACAACAAGGCCUCGCAACUGGUGUCUUCGCGUCGUCUGUAACCCGUGGUUCGAGCAUGUGUCCAUGCUGGUGAUCCUGCUCAACUGUGUGACUCUGGGGAUGUUCCAGCCCUGUGAAGACGUCGCCUGCCAGUCAGAGUGGUGCCGCAUCCUUCAGGUAUUGGACGACUGUAUCUUUGCUUUCUUCGCUGUGGAAAUGGCCAUCAAGAUGGUGGCUCUGGGAAUUUUUGGCCCCAAUUGUUACCUUGGUGACAAAUGGAACCAGCUUGACUUUGUCAUCGUCAUGGCAGGGGUGAUGGAGUAUUCUUUGGAUGGCCAUAAUGCCAGUCUGUCAGCCAUCCGCACCGUCCGAGUACUCAGGCCACUCCGGGCCAUCAACAGAGUACCAAGUAUGCGCAUCUUGGUGACACUGCUGUUGGACACCCUACCCAUGCUGGGUAAUGUCCUCCUCCUCUGUUUCUUUGUGUUUUUCAUCUUCGGCAUUGUUGGAGUCCAGCUGUGGGCGGGGCUACUGCGCAACCGCUGCUUCCUGGGAGAGGACAUCAGAACGAUGUACAACUUGUCCAUAAGUCUUUACUACAUGUCCGAGGAAGGUGAAGACAGCCCAUUUAUCUGCUCGGCUGCCCGCGAGAAUGGGAUGCUGCGCUGCCACGAUGUGCCGGCCUACACCGAGGGCGGUGCAGAGUGCUCAUUGGCUGCUUCCCACCAAAAUUCAGCUCUGAUUGGAUCGGCCCCUGUGGUGGGUGUUAACGGCUGUGUUAACUGGAAUCAGUACUAUAAUGUGUGUCGCCCCGGAGACAUCAACCCUCACAAGGGAGCUGUCAACUUUGACAACAUUGGCUAUGCCUGGAUAGCCAUAUUCCAGGUCAUCACACUGGAAGGAUGGGUAGAUAUCAUGUACUAUGUCAUGGAUGCUCACUCCUUCUACAAUUUUAUAUAUUUUAUACUGCUCAUUAUCGUGGGCUCUUUCUUCAUGAUCAACUUGUGCCUCGUGGUCAUCGCCACCCAGUUUUCUGAGACAAAGCAACGGGAGAAUGCCCUGAUGAGGGAGCAGCGCGCUCGCUACAUGUCCAACGACUCCACGCUCGCCAGUUACAGCGAACCGGGCUCAUGCUACGAGGAGAUGCUACGCUACAUCAGUCACCUUUAUCGAAAGCUAACACGCAGGCUGCAGAGGAUAUACUCUGGAUGGCACAGUAAAAGGCGUAAAAAGGUGAAUCCUAAUGGCAGUGGGGGAGGCAGUAACGGAGGGGGUAAUGGACAUGGCCACGGUUCCAGCAGGGGCUGCGGAGGCUUAGGCCCGGGUAGCGCAUUGUGGUUGAGACCGAUCCAUAACCUCCUGCAGCACCAUCAGCACCAGCACUGUCGCCUCAGCAACGGGGGACAGCACACCAUCAGCGUGGCAACCGGCGAGCACAUGGACGGAGAAGAUGGGGUCGGAGGAGGGGAGGAGCUGGAGAUGAAGUCGCUUCCUGUCCGGAGAGGAAGCACAACCGGAAAUAGUGGGAGCGGCGGCAACCCGUCCGUUGUCACUCAGGGCAUGGGGGCAUUGCUGGGGCGACUGAAUGGGGGGAUGAACUAUCCGACCAUUCUACCGUCGUUUGUGUGCAGCUACAGCAGUAAGACGCCACCCCCCCACUCCCAGCAGUGUGGGCACAGUCCAGAGCAGCACCCACCCAACCACCCAACAUCUGAACACACAGAGACAUUGAACAAGCUCUACCAGCUCAUGGGACAGCACAGACGCCAGCGGCUGCUGUACCAGCUGGCAGGCGUGGUGCCCAGCCCUCUGCUCUUGGAGCUGCUUAGCUGCCCUCUGUGUGCCCGCAGCCUGGAGACCUUGGAGCUGGAACUGGGAGACCUGGAGGGAGGCAGGGGAGAGGCUGACGGACUGCAAGACUUCCCCCAGGUCAGAAUGAACGGGGGUGCACUAAUGAUGAUGAGUGGGGAUCUGAGAUGUAGGCGAGGUCGCAGCAGACGGCGGGGGGUCGUGGAGUACAAAAACGGAGUGGUUCGGGCCUGGGUAGGCUUCAGGGAAAAACUGAAGAGGAUUGUAGAAAGUAAAUACUUCAACCGAGGGAUCAUGAUCGCUAUCCUCAUCAAUACUCUCAGCAUGGGGAUAGAGUACCACGAGCAGCCUGAGGAGUUGACCGAUGUGUUGGAGAUCAGUAACAUCGUUUUCACCAGCAUGUUUGUCCUGGAGAUGGGCUUCAUGCUGCUGGCCUUUGGCUUGUUUGGAUACAUCAGGAACCCAUACAACAUAUUCGAUAGCAUCAUUGUUAUUAUCAGUGUGUGGGAGAUAAUCGGUCAAGCAGACGGCGGGUUGUCAGUCCUGCGAACAUUUCGACUGCUGCGGGUUCUGAAGCUGGUUCGCUUCCUGCCUGCCCUGAGGAGACAACUGGUGGUGCUGAUGAAGACCAUGGACAAUGUGGCCACAUUCUGCAUGCUGCUGAUGCUUUUCAUCUUCACCUUCAGUAUACUGGGUAUGCAUCUGUUUGGCUGUAAAUUCAGCCUUCAGACAGAGAAUGGAGACACCAUCCCCGACCGUAAAAACUUUGACUCUCUACUCUGGGCCAUCGUCACUGUAUUCCAGAUUCUUACACAGGAGGACUGGAAUGUGGUGUUGUAUAAUGGCAUGGCCUCCACCUCUCCAUGGGCGGCUCUCUACUUUGUUGCUCUCAUGACAUUUGGCAACUAUGUGCUCUUCAAUUUACUUGUGGCCAUCUUGGUUGAGGGCUUCCAGGCUGAGGGCGAUGCUAAUCGGUCGGAGUCAGAUGAUGAGAAGAAAUCAGACAACUUUGAGGAGGACGAGAAGGUUGAGCAGCUCAGAGACACUGAGCUAAAAAUGUACUCUCUCAUGAUGACAGCCAACGGUCACGUUGACCCUCGUGGCUCGAUGGCUCCUCCUAUAAUCAUGCGCACUGCAGCCACACCCAUGCCCACUCCGAAGAGCUCUCUGGGACCUGAGUCCAUCCUUGGAGAGGAGCUCAUAUACAGAGAGGGUGUGCCUCAAUAUGGCGAAGGGGGACUGGGCUUCUGUGAGGCAGGAACUGGUCAUACAGAGUCUCGCCGUGGAAGCUCCACCUCCAUGGAACCCUUAGCCUAUGACCAGCAUUCCCUGAGCCUCUCAAGUCCCGGACGGCGCUCCCCUCUUCCUCCCCGCUCAUGGGGAAGCCGACGCUCCAGCUGGAACAGCCUGGGAAGGGCGCCGAGCCUCAAAAGGCGAGACACGAGCGGGGAGAGAGAGAGCCUGUUGUCUGGGGAGGGUGGGGAAGAGGAAGAUAGUGGUGAGGACAGGGACGAGGCCGGGGGGAACAACAGACUACGGCCGGAGACCCUGGAGCUGCUGCAGGCGUCCACGCUCUGCCCUUCCAUAGUGAUGGAGUAUGGCGACUGUAACGGGAGGACCCAGACCUAUGAUCCGAACGUGAACUCUGACCCCAAGGACGACUCCUCGCCUGAGGACGACAUGGAUGAUGACAGUUCUAUGUGCCACUGGAUCAAAAAACGGCUCCGUAACAUGAAACCCCACUGGUGCAAAGAGCAUGAAGACUGGACGCUGUAUUUGUUCUCUCCAGACAACAUGUGCCGUGUGUGGUGCCAAAGUGUGAUCUCUCACAAAUUGUUCGACCAUGUGGUUCUGGUUUUCAUCUUCCUCAACUGCAUCACCAUUGCCCUGGAAAGACCUGAUAUACAGCCUCACAGCACGGAGCGAGUGUUUCUGAGUGUGUCCAACUACGUUUUCACUGUGAUCUUCCUGGCAGAGAUGGCCAUUAAGGUUGUAGCUCUCGGUUUCUGCUUUGGGAAGCAGACCUACCUCCAGUCCAGCUGGAACGUUCUGGAUGGUUUGUUGGUGUUUGUGUCUCUGGUCGAUAUUCUGGUCUCUCUGGCCUAUACUGGCGGAAACAGGAUCCUGGGGAUCCUCAGAGUCCUACGCCUGUUACGGACACUACGCCCACUAAGGGUGAUCAGCCGAGCCCCAGGACUAAAGCUGGUUGUGGAGACACUCAUCACCUCUCUCAGACCCAUUGGGAAUAUUGUCCUUAUCUGCUGCGCCUUCUUUAUCGUCUUUGGCAUCUUGGGAGUGCAGCUGUUCAAAGGGAAGUUCUACCACUGUGAGGGUCUGGACACCAAAAACAUCACCAACAAGUCUGACUGUCUGCAGGCCAGCUACCGCUGGAUACGAAGGAAGUACAACUUUGACAACCUUAUUCAGGCUCUGAUGUCUUUGUUUGUGCUGUCCUGUAAGGAUGGCUGGGUCAACAUCAUGUAUGACGGGCUGGAUGCGGUGGGAGUGGACCAACAGCCUGUACGGAACCACAACCCCUGGAUGCUGCUCUACUUCAUCUCCUUCCUACUCAUCGUCAGCUUCUUCGUCCUCAAUAUGUUUGUCGGCGUGGUGGUGGAGAACUUCCACAAGUGCCGGCAAGACCAGGAAGAGGAGGAGGCCCGCUUACGAGAAGAGAAGAGGCUCAAAAUGAUAGAGAAAAAGCGCAGGAGUAAGGAGAAUGGAGGGGCUGAGGCCAAGCAGAGACCUUACUAUGCGGACUACUCUCCCCUGCGUCUGUCCAUCCACACACUGUGUACCAGCCACUACCUGGACCUCUUCAUCACCUUCAUCAUCUGCAUCAAUGUCUUCACCAUGAGCAUUGAGCACUACAAUCAGCCGCAGUAUUUAGAGGAGGUUCUGAAGUACUGCAACUACGUGUUUACCUGCAUCUUUGUCAUCGAGGCCAUUCUCAAACUUGCGGCAUUCGGCAUACACAGGUUCUUCAAAGACAGGUGGAAUCAGCUGGACAUAGCUAUAGUUGCAUUGUCCAUCAUGGGCAUCACCCUGGAGGAGCUGAAAAUGAGCGCAGCACUGCCUAUAAAUCCUACCAUCAUCAGAAUCAUGAGGGUACUCAGAAUAGCACGAGUACUGAAACUUCUGAAGAUGGCCACAGGGAUGAGAGCUCUUCUAGAUACUGUCAUGCAAGCUCUGCCACAGGUGGGAAAUCUUGGUCUCCUCUUCAUGCUGCUGUUCUUCAUCUACGCUGCGCUGGGAGUGGAGCUCUUUGGCAAACUGGAGUGCAAUGACAGCAACCCAUGCGAGGGUCUGAGUCGUCACGCGACCUUUGAGAACUUUGGGAUGGCCUUCCUCACACUGUUUCGAGUGUCCACUGGAGACAACUGGAAUGGGAUUAUGAAAGACACGUUAAGGGAGUGUCGUAAAGAGGACCGUCAGUGUCUCACCUACCUGCCCUUGGUCUCUCCGAUUUACUUUGUCACCUUUGUGCUCAUGGCCCAGUUUGUGCUGGUCAAUGUGGUGGUGGCUGUUUUGAUGAAACAUCUUGAGGAAAGCAACAAGGAGGCUAAAGAGGAUGCAGAAAUGGAUGCAGAGAUCGCCUUGGAAAUGGCUAUGGAGAGGCAGCGCAAGUUAAGCACAACGUCUAACAACAGUUCAGUGGGCGGGACCUAUGUUGGUCCAUGUCCACAUUCACCUGGACAGGAAGAAGAGGUGCAGUACGGUGACCAGGACCUGCUGUCGCCAAGGAAGAUGUCUGUAUCCAGGAUGCACUCUCUGCCUAACGACAGCUACAUGUUCCGACCUGUACGGCCCGCCAGCGCCCCCAACCCUUUGGAGGAGGUAGAUCUCAGUCCCCAGCACCAGCAUUCAGGCUCAGUGACAUCGGUCCACUCCCAGCCAUGUGACAGUCGCGCACUGCUUCAGGUACCAGACGUUUCCCCUGUUCACCCCCGGUCACCUCCCACCCUCACCCUUCCCCGCAUCGCCCCGCCAACCCCUAGCCCCUCCCCACGGGCCCUGCGCAGACAGGUGGCAGUUAAAGUGGAUUCUGUGGAGUUUCAGGGUUGUGAGCAACAGGAGAGGCCAAACCCUAUCCAACUGCCUUCCCCCUCCCCUUCUCCCCUCUCUCCUCAUACCUCAUCCCCAUCUCCCCUGCCUCCUCCUCCUCCCUCCUCUCCCUCAGCCCUCUCUCUUCCACCCAGCUCCCCUUCUGCCUUCCCACUCCCUCCUCCCUCUCCUCUGUUCCCUCUACUGUCUUCGCCCUCUCCCCUCCCUCCACCACCAUCUUCCCCCUCGCUUCUUCUCCCUCCACCUCCCUCCCCCCGUCUCCCCCUGCGCCCUCCCAGCCUUCGGAGACCUAGACCACCCUCUGCUGCCUCCUUCUGUGACCCAGCAGAUGAGGAGGUGUAUCACAUCACCAGCUCGGCCCAAAGGUGGAGAAACGAGGAGGGGGUCGGGCAGGAGAGCAGAGGGAAGGCCGGCCGCAGCCACUCCCUCUCCCCGUACACCACCCCGCACUCUCUCGACUCCUCCCCUCUUCCUCCCCCAUUGCCGCCUUCCUCCUCGAGGAGCGCACUCAGUCUGCUUGGGGUGGGAUUGAAAGACCGUGACUUCAGGAAGGGUUUUAGCGUUGACAACAAGGGCUUCCUGGACAAGCCGUCAUCAUUGUUUGCAGGUCACCCUGACGACCAGCGGCGCCACUCGAUCGAGGUCUGCCUUCCACAGGAUGUCAACGCCAGUGACAGCCAACACUCCACACGUGAGGCCCACCGGUCGGAAAAAAGUGGUCAGGCAUUUCCCAUGAGGGUGCAGUCAGUCGGGGGCGGCCACAGAAAGAAGAAGAUGAGUCCUCCUUGUAUAUCCAUCCACCCGCCCUCAGAGAGGGAACACCCCCAAAAUGCCUCACCGCCAAAACUGGCUGACUGCAGCAUGAUGCUGAGACGCAGGACACCGUCCUACGACUUGACCGCACACAUACAGUCAAACACACACACACCAGACGUCUCUGCAGAUUCACAGAUGCACUCCCCGAUGUACACCGUGCUCACACCUAUCCACGUACCACUACAAGCACACUCGCCAACACACACGCUGACGCCCUCGCGGGCAUCUACUCCAACGCACACGCAGACAUACACUCCACCACAUGCAUCCACACCUACACACCCACACAUCCCCAUCAGCCCAAACAUCUUUAUCCAGCCUCAUGCACCUCUUGUCCCAAACACAAUGCCUUUCUCACAGACACACUCCCUCUCCCCCGCUGCGAGGCACUCUCCUCUCACAGGGGACUACAUCCCCCUCCCCCAGUUCACCUUUGACCAACCACAGUCCAGAUACAUGAGCGGCCUGUCAGCUGGCCUAUCAGACCCUGAUUCAGCCACCUGCUCAUCCCCUUUCGACAACAGACUGGGAAGCAGUGCAGGAUUCAGUGCAAAGAAUCGGAGGACCGCCCAAUGAGCAUCGAGCAUUGCCUUCAGGAAGUUAAUUAAUUGGUCCAAAAUCUCUGAAGUUGGAUUAGAGGGGCUUCGGCUGACCUCAGCAGAGAUUGGUGCUGGGGAGAAAGUGAGAGAAAGAAGUUUACUGGGAGAGGGAUUUUUAUGUUUUAUUUUUUGCUUUUGUUAAGAUGAAUACUGAACAGACAUUAAUUAUUCUUUCCAGAGAGACACUGGUACAGUCCCAUCCUAGAAUAAUAGACAAUGGAUCAAUUUUCCUAAACCCAGCUUGGGGACAGCAGAUCCAUUGAGGCUGUACCAGUCAAACAGUACCCACUGUACAUGGUGUGUUUGGGACUUAUACUAAUAACACACCAGGACUAAAGCCACCUAACUCCGUAGCCAAAGUUUUUUUGACACACUGUCCCUACCCACGCGAGCCAAUCAGGAAGCAGCGUCUGGCUGAUAACCUCUGACCUUUACAGGAAGUGGUUUGUGAAAUGCGAGCGUGGGGGGAAUUGUGGGAUAUGCAACUUCAGGUUUUCUACAGAAGUUCUGCUUGCCCCUCCUCUGCUCCUCGAUCACAUUGAUCAGAGCAGAAGUGUGUGUGUGUGAGUGAGCGUGUCUGCGUUUUCCUAUGUGCGAGUUUUGUCAAAUCUGUUGUCAUGGAAGUCGGCCAUGUUAUUCUUACGCCUGCAUCGACAGAGAGGGGGAGCAGGGCAGAGCUGUAGUGUAUGUUUAUCUGUGUAUCUGUGCAGUGUAAAUAAAGGAAAAUACUGUAUUUGGUGAGAUUAAAAAUAGCUCUAUCCAUAUGCACAUAUUUUUAUAGAGAUCUAAAAUGUUUUUUGCACACAAAUUUGAAUUUCAAGUUGCUUGUUUUUCCUCUGUUGUCCUCUUGUGAAUGUAUGUUUCUUUUCAAAAUGCAAAGAGAGAGAGAGAGAGCGAGAGAGAGAGAGAGAGAGCAGUGAAGGAGAUCAACCCUCCUCUCAACAGGCUAGCUGAGGUUGAGGAGUUGGAUUUUAUUUUUCUAUUUUGAAAAAGAGGAAGACGAGAACAGGGGUGUGAUGUGUUUCUGUAGCUUAGUCUCAGAUUUCUAUGUAUUUGAUGUCUAAAUAACAGUCUUAAGAAGUGGGCUCAGUCAUGCAAGCCGAAUUCAUCUUAAGAUGUUUUUCCACGCGAUGUCUCUGCAGAGAGUACAGUUGAUGAUUUUGUGUAAAUAUGCUGAGACUACUGGCUAAACCUGUGUGCUGUCUCUCUACAAAUUCAAAUCUAAAUGUGGCUGUUAUUCCAAAAGAAACAAAAUGGGGUUUGCCCUUGUAGUGAGUAAAUUAUAUGCAACUGUUUAUGAAUUUGUCCAAAUAAAUUAUCAAAUAACAACCAGCAGCUAAAUAUUUCUGCGGGCUGCUGGCCAUGGUAAAAUAUACAAUAUGAACAAAAUUCAGUAUUAUCCUCUUGAAAAAGAAAGUAUGACCUGGCAUCACUGAGCCCGCCUUCUACAGCUGUUUUCAAGCUGGAUCAGCUCCGACACCACUUAAUGUUCUGUACAUCUAAAGACAACCAAACUAACUAACUUACUAAAUAUGUGUAGCCAGAGUGCAAUAAUAAUAUAUACUUGUGAAAAAUAUAGUUAACAUCCACACUACAUAAAACAACCACAUUCUUGUGUUCGUACAUACUGUAGAACUACUAUAUAUGAUAUAAAUCCAUUUUUAUAUGAUGAUUGAGAGUAUUUCUAUCUCUAGUGUUCAUGCUACUAUAGGUACUUGCCUCCUGUGUGUGGCUGCAGUGGCAUGGGUGUGGCUGGAAGCAGUGUUAGGUAGUGUAGAUUUCUCUAAAAGCUCAGGCCCACCCGCUGAUGGUGUUAACUGUAAGCAAAAGAGUGACAUGCAUCUCUGCUGAGGACUCAAUAACCCGUUUAUCACUCCUCAAUUUUCUUUUUAACCCACCGCAUUGGAUAUUAGAUAAGCAUGAGACAACACGCCUACAUAUCAGUUAUGUAAAAUUAACCUAUUCACAGAUGGAUUCAUGUAACCCCCCCCCAAGGUGUGAAUGACAAAGAAUGACAAGCAUUUUCCUUCCAGUGGCUGAAUGUUUUCUUACCAAGCCAUAUACCUUUAUUUCGACACAGCACAAUAUGUAUUCUAUUCUGUUUUGUGCACAGUCUGGUUUGGCACAGGUACACAAGAAGCAUGCUUGUAAGCUACUACUUAUUCCCCUUUUAAAGGCAGCUGGCUGGGACGGCGUCUUUAUUUUUUCUGAUCAGCAUGUAACAUGCACAACUCCUCAGUGAUAUGAGUGAAAACCAAAGUGCUUUGAUGCUGUCACCACAGGCCCAGUAUUCUUAUGUGCAAUGGAAAAUUGUAUCUAUCUUGACAGGUAUUUUCAUUUGUGAUUGAUUAACUAGGUGACAAAGGCUCUCUGGAGGUCGGUGAAACUCUGAAAUGGUAUUAAACCAACCAGCUUGAAUUUUAUUAAUAUGUGGGCAUUAAAUAAAAAAGAAAACGUUCACAGAGAACAGAUCAUUUUUAUGCUGAUUUUUCAAAUAAAACACGGUCUUACAUCAUGCUUAAACUCGCAUUAAAAGGCUGUAAGAGAGUGCCGAUACCUGCAGAAACCCUUUUAAACAUGAGGUCGGUGAUGAAAAGAAGGAGAUCCAGAUUAUCAUUCUCAUCAGCUUUACAUCUCCCAAGCAGUAUGCAUGUAGGGGGCAAACAUAAGAAAAGAAAGAAACUUGUCUGUUAGCUUUGUUUUUUCUACACGGUCAGCACUUUUGACCUUUUGUGUACAACAGUGCAACCCUGUGAUUGGUGAGAGUGAGGCAAAAAAUGACAGACAAAGUUCGAUGAAGGUUGCAAGACAGAAUGAAAAGCUCUUGGACAACGAGAUUACAAUUUCUAAAUGUUGCUGCUUGUUCAUCUUUUGAUAGCACUCUUCUUCCAGUUCUGACAUACAGAAGCACAUCUGUUUGGUUCUGAGAUGUUGUCCUCCCUCCUGUACAUGGCACAGUUGGUCGCCCCCCCUGAUUUAAAACCAUUUGAAUACAGUAUGUGCUCAAACACACUGUCAUUGUGCAACUGCUUUGUCCUGUUUCAUGUCCUCUUCCUGCACAGAUUGUUCGCAAUGGGAGGUUUUAAGUUGUCUGAAGACAGCCUCUUUCUGUCUCACUCUUAGUGCAGACAACCCCAAUCUACAGCAUAUUGCCAUAUUAAUCGACACAGUUUGGUAGAGUGACUGCAUAAUUGUUCUUACGAUUUACAGAUCUUUGGAUCUCAGUAUUUAAAUCAUGUUUUUGAGGAAACAGUUUUGACUAUUGCAUGUUCUGAUUUAAGAAAAAAAAAAAAAUCUUUUGGGAAAGAAUCAUCUGGAUGUUUUAGAGAUUUUGAUAUUUGAAUUUUCAGAUGUUUCCAUUUGUAGAUUGACUACCUAAUUGCACUGGGCUCUGAUUAAUUGGUAUCUGAUAAAAUACUGAUUAAACGACCCUAUUCUUUAUUGUCCAAUGCGAUAUUGGGUGGUUAUUUACUGUAUGAGGACUGAGAUCCUCUUUAUACAGUUUUAUAGAGAGAAAUGGAAACCUAGUUGGUUCUAUUUUGUUCAGAACCAACAUUAUUUAAUGUUGAGGUGAACCUUUUUUCACUUUUCCUCCUGAUACUCUAAACAUGGUAGAACUCUGGUAUUGGUGAAACUAAUUAACUGAUGUAUAUUUUAUGUAGGAGUAGCCUCAGCCCUGAUGCUCUAUAACAGAGGACAAGGAUAGUAAAAAUGGUUUGACACUGAGCUGGUCCAGCUUCGCAGUGAAGCUGAUCAUGCUCCUCACACAACACAAGUGUCGCCACAACAGCAGGCUCCAGAAAGUUCAAACUGUGAUAGAACUUAACUUGGAUGAAUCGGAAGCCUUGUGUUUUCUUUCUUUCUUUCUUUUUUUAUAACCCUUCAGUGAUUGGCCCAGGCACCCCCACCCCCAAACCCCCCAAGCCUUACAAGGAGGGGAGGAGGUGUGUUCUGUCUGUCAGAGGAGAGCCAAUGUGUCUGCAAUAAUAAGCCCCCCAUUAUUCCCUGUAACAGAGGGAGAAGGGAGGGGACAUGGGAGGUGUUUAAAGGCUCGACACACAGUCGGACUCUCUACAUUGUAUUGUUGCUGAUUAUUGUGUGAUGACCAACCGUUGUCCUGAAGGAUGUUUCCCUGUCAAUUAAAAAAUACAAGAUUUUUUUAUUCCUG